AAAGAGGGAGAGAUUCAGAGGGAUAGAGAGAAAGAGGUAGAGUUUCAGAGAGGUAGAGAGAAAGAGGGAGAGAUUCAGGAGGGUAGAGAGAAAGAAGAAAAAAACAAUUUGAAGCAGUGUUUCAUACGGUUCGUUGUACCCCUGGAUAUUGGGCAGGAUGGGACUGACUCCAAACCGUCGCUGAACACUGGGAGCUCCUGUCUUUACUUCAGCGCCGCGGUCAUGCCGGCCAUAGUGAACCUGCUGUUCAACACGGUCUCCACGAACACCACCAUCGCCUUCUCGCUGGUGCUGCCGCUGGUGAGCGUGCUGUCGCUGCUGGUGGGGGUCGGGGGCCACCUGCUGGUGUGGCUGGUGCUGAUGAGGAGCCCGCGGCGCCGGUCCAGGCCCAGCUCGGUGCUGCUGCUCAACCUGAGCCUGGCGGACCUGUGCGCGCUGCUCACGCUGCCCUGCGUGCUGCUCAGCGCCAGCUCCCAGGGCUGGCAGCUAGGGGGCGCCAUCUGCGUGCUGCUGGGCUUCGUCACCUCGCUCACCGCCGGCGUGGACAUCUUCAGCCUGGCCGCCCUGUCCGUGCUGCGCUAUCGCAUCGUGGCCCCGCCCACACACCGGCCCGUGCGCCCCACGCAGGUCGCCGGCACGGUGGCGGUGAUCUGGCUGGUCUCCGUGACGAUGGCCCUGCCGAAGGUGACGUACAUCCGGUUCGACGGCGGGUGCAAGUGGUCGGUGGACCGGGGCCAGUGGCUGGGCUUCCUGGUGCCGGCGUUCCUGGUGUACUACGUGGCGCCGCUCCUGUGCAUCGGCAUCAACUGCGGCCUGAUCGUCACGCACCUGCACGCGUGCCGGCUGGGCCUGGCCGCCACGCGCCGCAACCAGAAGGCCACGGCGCUCCUGAUUGGCUCCACGCUGGCCUUCGCGCUCAGCUGGCUGCCCUACUACGCGCUGGAGUUCGUCAACGUGCUGUCCCCCUCCGUCGGCUCCGCCUCCUCCUCCUCCCUCCUCGCCCCUCCCCCGGGACACCCCUACGCGGCCUGGGCCAACCGCUCGCUGGCCCCGCCCCCAACUCCGCAUGCCCCGCCCCCCGCGGCGGUGGGCGUGUCCCUGCUGUGGGAGCUGGCGUCCCUCAUCGCCAUCCUGCUGGUGUGCCUCGCCCCCUGCUGGAACCCGCCCCUCUACUUCCUGCUGUCCCGCCCCGCCCUGCGCCAGCUCCGCGCCCUGCUGCCGUCCCCCCGGAAACGCUGGGGCCCCGCCCGCAUCGCCCCGGCAACCGCUCCGCGCCACGCCCCCGCGCUGCCGCUGCCCUCCCUCUCAUGGUCCGUGGGGUCAUGGCCUGGCCUGGCCGCGGUGAAGAAGGAAGUCUUCUGA